AUGACUCGGUUCGCGUUAUUCGCUGUGUGUGCUCUGCAGCUAUCCAUCGUGGCGGGCUAUCAAGUUGUCCGUGACUACUCGGGCCAAAAUUUCUUUACUGGUUGGGAUUUUUAUGGCAAUUAUGACAACCUUACACUAGGGAAUGCCGUGUACCUUAAUCAGUCGGAGGCCACAAAACAAAACCUUGCUUACAUCAACAGCGAGGGGCGUGCCAUCAUCAAAGUGGACAAUACGACUGAUGUGGCUAUGGGACAAAAUCGAAGCUCGAUUCGCAUGACCUCACAGGAUGCGUACCCUAUUGGCAGCCUAUGGAUCAUCGAUCUGUAUCACAUCCCAUACGGUUGUUCUGUGUGGCCUGCCUUCUGGACUUUUGGUCCCAAUUGGCCUAAUGACGGUGAAAUUGAUAUAAUUGAAGCAAUCAAUAUCAUGGGCAACAAUCAGAUGGUACUACACACCACCCCUGGCUGUACCCAUUCUUCGACCUACAAUCAGCUUGGAGCAAAUAUUGGGUCCGAUUGUUCCACUCCCUCAGGCUGCGUAGUGGCCGAAACGCAGCCCAACAGUUAUAAUAGCGGAUUUGCAGCAGCAGGUGGAGGUGUGUGGGCGACACAGUUCGAUGUUACUGGUGUCUUUAUAUGGUUUUGGAGCCGCCCUAAUGUCCCAGAAUCUAUUACCCAAGCAAAUUCCACAUCAUCCAUCGAUAUCACAUCAUGGGGAACACCUUCGGCCAGCUACUUUGCCAACACCUGUAAUAUUACUGAGUUCUUCAGUCCACAAAAUCUUGUGUUCGAUAUCACGCUUUGCGGUGACUGGGCCGGCACUGGUUAUGCAUAUAAUGCUACAUGUGGGAGUUCAGGCCCAACAGGACUAUGCUACAACGACUGUGUCGUUGGACCAGGAAGCCCGCGGUACGAUGAGGCAUACUUCGACAUUUCUUAUGUCCGAGCGUACACUACGGAACAGCCUGCGCCUACGACUACGACGACAAGCACUUCAAUACCUACAUCAACUACCUCGACAACCAAUAGACAAACUAGCUCGUCUGGGGCUAUAUCGACACGAAACGAUAGUUCACGUGGACUGAUUUUGCUAGCUACGGUCGCUGUGGGCAUCAUUCUUGGUGCUCGAUUCGCACUGUAGGGAUGUGGUGGUGAUGUUUUAUUUUAUUUUAUUUUCUGGGACUUUUGAUAUUUUACGCGGUCGGACUAUUCAUUAAACAAAAAUUGCACGAUAGUUAUGUAGAAAUUAUCUAUAGUAGUGGUAUAAGGAAUGACUUUUACGCAUAUUGAGUACAGAUCUAUGGUGGCUGACGAGACGAUUAAGGCGCUCGAGGACAAGAAUCUGCCCAACAAGGAGAACCCAUCGAUAAACUAACGCCAGCAAAACAAGUGUAGGCGUGAGCUGGCUUGCUGAUAAGAAUUGAACCAGGCGCGCGCUCAAUAGGGCAUAACUAUGGAACUUCGCCGACGCAUUCGGAUCUGUCACAGGUACAUACACACUACGACACCACGUAGCGUUUGUUUCAAGGAAGACUUUUUGGUAAGCCUAGUCUCCGAGACUCAACCUCAUGGCGCGUAUGAUACGCGGUGAGGUUGGUCGAAAUGAAGAGUCGUAUGAUGCUACCAUUGGCAAAGAGCGAUUGGCAAGAUAGUGAGACGAAUUUGCGGAAGGUAGUUUGACCAUGAUAAGUCAUGUAGAACAGGGGGACGCCCAUUUGUUACUGCAUCCAGAAGACCUGUCAAAGAAUAUGAAUGAACCAGGCACGUGAGUCUAGCGGUGAUUCCGAGCCUGAGUCUUCAAUUCGUCCUUCCCUGUCCCU